UCUCUCUCUCGUGUACCCGCCCUAUUUCUCCUUCACUGUCCCCAUCCAUUGCAACAUUCAGGCAGGUUCACCUUGUGUGCGUAUGCACAGCUUCUCAGCCUCGGUGACGCCGCUGCUUUGUUGGGACAUACUCGGUGAAUUGGGAAAAUUCAGAGUAUCAGUCAGCAGCCAUAACUUCAGACAACGCCUCUACACCUCAAACGCUUUAGAAUAACACUGCAAAAUGGCAGAUUCAAUGACCCAGUCUGCUCAGAUUUCAUCGUCACAUGGCCUAAACGAUGGACACACUGCAACGUCCAAAGACUCGAAGUUUUCCGAUUCCUUUUUUUCCUCACCUGUAUCUCUCAUUCAGUCUCCUCAAGACAAAAGAGUGGUAUUGGGCUCUGACAAGCCCUUAGAGAAUAUGGCCACCUCUCUUCACUUUUCUUCUCAUUCAAGUUCCUUUUCUCAAGUUGGUUAUGGAAUUGAAUCUUCAGAACCACCUGAAGAUUACAUAGAGCGUUCUUUCAAAGAGAAAAGGGAGCUUUUUGACUCCCCCUUUGGAACUCAAAUGCAGGACUCGCCUAUAAAGACGUCACCAGUGUCUGAGAGAAUCAAAGCAUUGGAAGCUCUAGCAGCAAAGAAUGAUUUUGAUAGGAAUGACAGUGGGUUUCCACAUUUUAAAGAGCGACACUAUGAGAAGUCCCCCACUGAAACGCAUGGAAUUUCCUCCCGUUUGUCCUUCCAAAAAAGGACAAUGUCAAAUGAGCAGGAAUCUCCAGAAUCACCCUUUGAAGUGCUCGGUGAGGCAACGCGUGGAAGUGACUUGGAGGACACCACUGACUGGAUGAGAGCUCACUUACCUCCAGCACCAGAUUUCAACAUCGAAGAUCCUGAUCUUGAUGAGGAGAAAGAGUCGCCCAUAAUGCAGGAGAUCCUGGUGAAAGGAAACAGUGUUGAUGCACCAGAUGUUGCACCUGAAACCUUUACUGGAGUUCCUGAUCAGUUCAUGGACAGUCCGAUCAAAGUAGCAGAAAUAAUGGAUGAGGACAAUAAGCAAUCAAAACAAGAAAGUGUUGAGGAAUAUUCUAAAUUUGACCUGAGCUUUUUACCUACAGCCUAUAUGUGGGACAAAGAAGAGAAAACUGAAGUGGACACUCAAGGCUAUCAGGUAGUCCCUGACAAUCAAGAGCUUCCUGCCUCCCCUGCACCUCCAGAGUUUGAGUCUCAGUCACCCCCUGCAACCCAACAGAUGGACCAUAGUUCUAUGCAACAUUACAGCACUUUAAAGGGAAACUUGGAGCCUGCUGAAAUCCUAGAGGUAGAUAGUUCUGGGGAGUCAGAUGAUACAGUUAUUGAGGAAGCUGGCAGCAUCCCAGCAGAAGGAAAAAAUGACCUUGACAUUGAACCUCAAAAAGAAGAGGAGAACAUACCAGAUAAUAAAAAGCAGCUCAUUCAGGUGCCUAUUAUUAAUGUAAUUGAGACAGAGGAACAGGUUCUAAGUGAUGAUGAGGAAGAACAGCUUGAGGUGGAAGGAGUGGAGGAUGACAAUGAAAAGUGUCAGAUUGUGCAAAGUGAAGGCAAAGAGUCACCAGAGCAGUGUGAUCAGUCAGAGGUUCCAGAAAAUAUAUCUGUGGAAACUUUAAAUGAAGAAAAUAAAACUGACCAUGAAAUUUCCUCUCAGACAAAUCAAAUGGACUCUGAUGCUGAGUACUCUCCUAAUCCCAUGAUGAUCAAAGAUGAUCAUGAAAGUGGUAUUUUCCUCCAGUCCUCCCCAGACUCGGGUGGCUUGAAUUCAGAGGACUCUCAAGUGCAUUCACCUAUGUCUCAGAAUGUAUUGUCCUUCGAACCCCUUGAAGAGUCAACCCUUGAUAAAGAGCUUGGAGAAAUACUUUCUGACCUUCCCCCUCACAAAAAUGACCACUCAAAUGAGCCUAGUGAUGUAGAGACUUACCUGGAUCAUUAUGCCAGCGAGGAGCUUGCUUUAAAAGACCAGCUGAAUUCAGAUUAUUUUAAGGAGAAUAAAAGAGAUAAACCUGAGCUCUCAAAUCCCAGCUCUCUUCCAGACAAUCAAAAUAUCAGUACGUUUGUGAAAGAAUCCUUUGAAGAAAAUAUUACUGAACAUUUUGAUGAGACAUCCAACAAUUGCAUGCUGGACAAUGAAUCGGUACCUGAGCCCCCCAUAUCUGACACUUUAGUUGAUAUCCAUGAUGGCACUGAGACUAUUAUCCCUCAAAACAUGAUGCCAACUGAUGAUUCAGAAGAUCAGAGGUCAGCAGUGGAAACUUUGGAUUUUACACUGCAAGAACAGGAGUUAUCAAUCCACUCCAUCAGUAGACAAUCCCCAAUUCAAGAGAUCCCACCUGCACCUUUCCACUAUUCUCACAAUGAACAGUCUGGCAAAAUCAGUGAAGAUUCUGGCCUUAUGAAAAAUGUUGCUGAAAGACCAGUGAUAACUAACUCUGAAGCUGGAGUAUUGGCCUCCAGAGAUGUUUUAGAUAGACCAGAUUCACCAGAGACCAUAAGCGAUACUGAAAAUGUAGAGCCAGAAUGUUCAGGAACUGCAGCGACAGACAGCUUUGUGGAGUUUAUGAAGGAGUGUCUUAAAUCACGGCAGGAUGAGGAGCCUGAGUGCUUCAGUCCAGGUGAGGUAACCAUAGACCAGAAUCCCAAAUCUGAUGGUCCUACUUCCACUCAGUCCUCCCCUGCAAUAAUCAAGGACUUGGAGCAGGAGCACCUAACAAUCUCUGCUGUGAAUGUCGGGACCAGCCAAGAGGAAGACGAGAAACCUCCCAUAGUGAAGACCGUCUUAAAGCCUGAUAAAGCUACACCAAAUCUUGAAGCAUCAAUCACCUCAUCUUCCGCACCUCAAAAUAUUCCAAAUGUGAAUGAGCCUGAUGCCUUAAUUGCCAAAGAGGUAGAAGCAAUCGACAUUUGGGUGGCAGAGGCCUACCACCUUGCAGAGCAUGUCUUGACAGCAAUACUAACCCACCUGUCAGUGAACGAUCUGGUGCAUUGGCGGGACCCUAAGAAGUCCGGCGUGGUGUUUGGCGUGUCGAUGCUAGUACUCCUCUCUCUGGCAGCGUUCAGCGUGAUCAGCGUGGUCUCCUACCUGCUUCUGGCUCUGCUCUGUGUCACCAUCUCUUUUCGCAUCUACAAGUCUGUCGUCCAGGCUGUGCAGAAGUCCAAUGAUGGACACCCCUUCAAGGCUCUGAUGGAGAAGGAUGUUACCGUGCCACCCGAGACCUUCCGCAAGCACGUAGACCUUUGUCUGAACCACAUCAACCGUGUGCUCAAAAAGAUGAGCCGCCUCUUUCUGGUCGAGGAUCUGGUGGAUUCCCUCAAGCUGGCAGUUUUUAUGUGGCUGCUGACUUAUGUUGGAGCGGUCUUCAAUGGCAUCACCAUCCUCAUCCUUGCGGAUAUUCUUCUCUUCAGCGUACCACCUAUCUAUGAGAAGAACAAGACCCAGAUUGAUCAUUACAUUGACAUUGCACGCACUCAAGUCAACAAUACAAUUGCCAAGCUACAAGAGAAACUCCCAGGAGCGAUGAAACGCUGUAAAACGGAUUGAUCCUCCUCUACAGAUCCCUCGUUACCAUGUUUACCAUCCUUCUAUCUUUAGCUGCCUCCCCUCCCUCCCACUUGGCACCACCCCUUUCCCUUUUUUCCUCCGAUCCCCUGUUUAACCUCGCCCCUUAAAACCACCAUCUGCACUGAACCAGCUAGUAUGUAAAAUCUAAGAAGCUUCUUGAUAUUCAAUGUUAACUCUGCAGCUUAAUAACAAGCAUUAGGGAAAGAAGCUUGGGGCUCCAGAAGCUGAUGUUUCCAACACUGGAAUGAUGUAAUGCUGCAACUGGAUGUCCAUGUCGAUGGCCAGUGUGGGGAAGGAUUUGUGAACUAGACUGAAUCUGUCACCUGGUUUUGAGUGUUUGUUUGGGUGGGUGGAAAUAAAAACAGGUGUUUGACUUUAAAGCAAAUGUCUGUACUUUAAAAAACGUUCUGCAACACAUACUUGUUCCUCCUUUCCUUAGUUCUUUGACAAACGUGUAUUAUAUGUGUCUGAUCUGGCUCAUGACGAUCGGUCAGGCUACCAGCAGUGAUAAGUUGGUCUAGUUCACUAUCCUACCUGUUAUUGGCGCAAUUUUUAAUUUUGUGUAUGUAUAUAUAGUAAGGUUACAACAGGCUCUUUGCUGUGAAGUAGUUAGUGUUGCUUUUUAUAUUUAAAAAACAAAUAUACAGCUCUUAUAUUUGUCUCUUUCACACCUCUUUUGCUCUCUAUUAUCUGAGUUGAGUUCACAUGAAUAUGUUAUUGUUAUUACUAUUCAGGUAAGAGUUAUUAUUAUAUUAUAUCUCAAUUAGGAUGGCUGCUUUAAGUUCUAUGUCUGACAUUUGGCUUUGUAACAGAUAUUAAUAUCCUUAAGGUUGAGUUUUAUGUAUAGGAUCGUCAGAGCAUCAGAAUAUAGGAGAGGAAGGCAAUAGUCUGUUCGAUAUGAAGUGUCCAUGUUGGGCUCCAUAAGUCAUCUAUCAUUGUUGAAACAGGGCUAGUAUCCAUCAUUCAUACGGUAACAAUUUUAAAGGUAAAACUGGUCUUGAGUCAGCAUUUCGGGCCAUCAAUUACCACCUUGGACACAGAAGAUGUUUGAAUAUUUAUUGGAUGUUUGAAGCUCGAAAUGUCUUCUUAAUUGUAUGUUGUAACACUGUUUGAGAAAUUGAGACCUCACUGCAAACACAGUUGGCUUAGAAAUAAAACUAUAAUGGGCAUGUUAUUGCUGAAAGGUAAGGUUGAUGCAGUAAAAUGGCAGCAGAUUGGCUUCAGGUGGGCCAUUGUGUUUUUAAUGCGGUGUCAGCCUGCCCAAAGACUACUCGAAUGCAUUUGUGCACACAGUUUUACAUUAUGACAUUAAAUGGAAUAUCUACCAUGUAUCAAUAGUUGCGUUCAUAUUACAUAAAACAAUUGCUUUUAUUACUAUAUGGUCUUUCAGCUCUUAAAUGUUUCAUCGCAGCAAUCAUAUAACAUUCCAGCUGACGCGGUUGGAAGCAUGUCAUCAAACUUUUGUGUCCAAAUCUACCACCGAGAAACCCUCUUGCAGAGCAUUUAAAACAUUUAACGCAAGCAUAAUCACAGUUUAAAAGAUACUUUCAUGCACUUCAUGUCAUGUAUUUUUUGCUCUCUCGUGCCCUUUUUGUGUUUUGUGCACGUUUACACAUGAUCGCAUUCAGACAAGUGUCCUGUCAUCGUGUUGCCCGGCGAGCAUGUUUUACAAGUGGGAUCACAGGUGCGGUAUUACGUUCGGAGAACAGGUCAAGCUCUGACAAUUUGUAUUGCCACAAAGUCUUGUUUUCUUCCAUUUUAAGGGUAAAUUAUGACUAUAUACUUUUUUAAUAGAUGUAGACCUUUCUGUUUAGAUUCCAUGUCAGAGUAUCUGCUUUUCUUGAGGCUGUUUCGGUUUAAUAUUUUUUAACUUAUUCCUGAAGAUCAUUAGCAUGUUUGCUGUUCUUUCCUGUGUUUAUCAGUCUCUCUCUUUGAGAAUGGGUGACUGAAGUCACAUAAUUUUUUUUCUUUUGACUCUUUCUCUGAAGAAAAAAAAAAAAAAAACUAGAUGUGAUGACUAACAUCUACGUUUGUUAGUUUUGAAUUAAGUUAAUAUGUGGGAGCUUUUGGUGGGGUAAAGAUGCAAACAGGAAAACUUGUGGUCCCUGUAAUGAUGUCAAAGUGAACUUAAUAAAAAUGCCAAAAGCAGA